AUGGUGUGCAAACCGAAGAAAUCCCUUUAUGGCCUCAACAAUCUCCUAAGGCAUGGUAAUGAUCCAGAAGAAUUGAAUAAACUAGAAGCACAUCUCUCAUCUGAGUUUGAAAUGAUCAAGGAUCUUGGAGGAUUGAAGUAUUUCUUGGGUAUUGAAGUGGCCAGAUCAAAUAAGGGCAUCUUCUUAUCCCAAAGAAAAUAUGUAAAUCACAAGCUAGCAGAAAAUCCAGACCAAGUGCCUACCAAUAAGGAGAGAUAUCAAAAGUUGGUAGGCAAGCUCAUUUAUCUCUCGCACACUCGUCCUGACAUUGCAUAUGCAGUGGGCAUUGUAAGUCAAUUCAUGCAUGCAUCAAGUGAAGAUCGCAUGGACGCAGUACAUAGAAUUCUGAGGUACUUGAAUACAAAUCUAGGUAAAAGGAACAUGUUCUCCAAGAACAAUCACAUUGAGAUAGCAGGAUACACAGAUGCAGAUUGGGCUUGUUCUAUCACCGAUAGAAGGUCUACUUCAGGCUACUUUACUUUUGUGGGAGGUAACUUGGUCACGUAG